AUCGUCCUCAUCGCGCCGUCGCCGCCUUCGUCCCGCCGGAUCGCCGGAGUCCGGUCCCGCGCGGAGUCAGCGUACCGCAGGAAGUUCUGGGGAACAUUAUGAAGAGCGCGGUGACGUACGAGGAGUGGGCCCACGCGGCGAGGAUGAUGGAGAGGGAGUAUGGCGGGAAAGAGGACAUCGAAGGGGAUCUUUACGAUGAGGAGCUGGUGAGGGAGAAGGUGAGGGAGCUGAGGAUGAGGAGGGAGGGGGGGAGUUUGAGGGAUGUUGUGUUCUGUAUGAGGGCUGAUUUGGUGAGGAAUUUGGGGAACAUGUGCAACCCUCAAUUACACAAGGGAAGGCUUCAGGUGCCUAGACUCAUAAAGGAAUACAUUGAUGAAGUCUCAACCCAACUAAAAAUGAUCUGCGACUCAGAAUGCGAAGACCUACUCCUAGAAGAAAAGCUCGCAUUCAUGCACGAGACCCGCCAUGCCUACGGCAGAACCGCACUCCUCCUAAGUGGUGGUGCCUCCCUCGGCGCUUUCCAUGUUGGUGUUGUCAAAACCCUAGUCGACCACAAGCUUCUCCCUCGCAUCAUCGCAGGCUCCAGUGUUGGCUCCAUCAUGUGCUCCAUUAUCGCCACCCGAUCCUGGCCUGAGCUCGAAUCCUUCUUCGAAAAUUCAUCAAACUCCCUCCAAUUCUUUGAUCAGAUGGGAGGAAUCUUUGCAGUCUUCAAAAGAAUCAUGACUCUCGGUGCAGUUCACGAUAUAACACAGUUGCAGCGAAUGCUGAGGCAUCUGACUGGCAAUCUUACGUUUCAAGAAGCUUAUGAUAUGACUGGGAGAGUUCUUGGCAUAACAGUGUGCUCGCCAAGAAAGCAUGAGCCACCGAGAUGCCUUAACUACUUAACAUCGCCGCAUGUUGUGAUCUGGAGUGCUGUGACUGCGUCCUGUGCGUUUCCUGGCUUGUUUGAGGCGCAGGAGUUGAUGGCGAAGGAUAGGUUUGGGGAGAUUGUGCCAUUUCAUUCUCCGUUUCUCGAUGGCCCAGAGGAGGCGAGUGGGUCAGCUCGACGGUGGAGGGAUGGGAGCUUGGAGGUUGAUUUGCCGAUGAUUCAGCUGAAGGAGUUGUUUAAUGUGAACCAUUUUAUUGUGAGUCAGGCCAAUCCUCAUAUAGCUCCAUUGUUGAGGAUGAAGGAGCUUGUGGCUACUUAUGGAGGCAGUUUUGCUUCCAAGCUUGCGCAUCUAGUUGAAAUGGAGGUUAAACAUCGAUGCCAUCAGAUUCUAGAGCUGGGUUUCCCAUUAGGAGGCCUAGCCAAACUAUUUGCUCAAGAUUGGGAGGGAGAUGUCACUGUUGUAAUGCCUGCAACACUUGCUCAGUAUUCCAAGAUUAUACAAAACCCAUCAUAUAUGGAGCUUCAAAAGGCUGCAAACCAAGGAAGAAGAUGCACCUGGGAGAAGCUAUCCGCCAUAAAAGCAAACUGCGCUAUAGAGCUCGUUCUUGAUGAGUGCGUCGCCCUUUUAAACCACAUGCGAAGGCUAAAGAGGAACGCGGCAAGAGCUGCAGCAUCCCAACAAGGCCUCACUUCAACAGUCAAGAUAAGCCCUUCAAGGAGAAUCCCCUCAUGGAAUCUCCUAGCCAGGGAGAACUCGACAGGAUCCAUCGAAGAGGAACUUCUUGCCGAAAUUGCAAGCCAGCAGGCAAAGCAUGCACGAAGCGUGUAUGAUGGUAGUGAUAGCGAGUCAGAGAGCAUAGAUUUAAAUUGUUGGACGAGGUGUGGGGGUCCUUUAAUGAAGACAGCUUCUGCGGCAAAAUUCAUUCAGGAUUUUGAUGUUGAAUUAGAAAUGAAUCGGAACUUGUCGACGAGAGACGAUGAAAUUGAAGGAUCAGGGUCAACGUAUUCAAGCUCGAAUAGCAUUGUUGUUUCUGAAGGGGAUUUGCUGCAACCUGAAAGGAUUCAGAACGGGAUUAUGUUCAAUGUUGUGAAGAAAGAGGAUGUUAACCUUGGAAACAGAGGAGUUCAGAACUCUGACUCUCAAGAAGUAGUUUCCGAAUGUGGCGAUGAACUAGAUGAGAAAUCAAUAUGCAGUGAUGAGACAUCUCAUCGCGACGAUAGAGUUACAGACAAAAGUGAGCAGGCUUAGAUAUACAGAAACUAUACAAGCCAAUUGCAUUCCAUGUUUACAUGUAUUAGAUAUUGUAAAAUGUGAAAACAUAAUACAAGCUAAUCACUAGAAGUAUUUGUGUUAGUGAUGGCUACCUUCAGCAAAGAAUGUAUAAACAUUGCAACUCUUGUAAGUUGCAAUUUGAUAGAAAUGAAUAGAAUUCACAACUUA